AUGUCGUCGCCAGAUCACCACCGCAAAAAACGUAUAGGCAAGGCUUGCGACUCGUGCCGUAUUAAAAAGACCAAAUGUGACGGUCGCAAGCCAUGUCUGAGGUGUAUCGCCGAUAACAGAAUAUGCUCCUUCACAGAUAAGCGCAAGAACAAGGAGAAGAGCCAUCCGCCGGGUUAUGUAGACUUACUCGAGACAAGAGUUGAGUUGCUCACCAGGCUGUUGGAGAAGAUCAUCCAUUUGCUGGAACCACACUUGCCCUGGCUUGCGAAGCUCAUGGAGCUGGCACGGCUGGAGCAUGCGAAGCUACUGCCUGUUGACGAGGACACAGAUAAAAGAGAAGGUUACGUGCCAAUCAACGAGGUUGUGGAUCAUUUGAUCUCAGAACAUAGCCUUCUAAAAAAUUUGCCUGUGGAUUGGGAGGCACUGUCGCUGAUGUUUACAGGAGCAUCUCGAAGGAACCUCCCAAGGAGAGAGACAGUGACAACACAGAAGACGAGGAAUUCGUCACGCGGCUUGACCAGGAAAACCCUCAGGCGCACGGCCACAAGAGAGUAG